AUGACAAAUGCUAUACAAGAAUCUUCUUCCAAAGAAACUCCAAAGGUUGCGAAUAAAGCUACCUCAAGAAUUACCCAUAGAAUGGUCACUACAAGAACCGCCGCAAAACACGCUUUAGAAAGAAAAAUCAGCAUUGUUGUUAUUGUUCUCGUUGCCGUUAUUACGGCAUGUGCUACUAUUGUGGCGUUCAGUAUUGCACAUAUUGUCGAUAUUGCUACUUCUGUUGUCGAGGUUUCUACGGAUCUGUGUGUCAAUGCAAUCAUUGUUUUCGAUACGAAAAUAACGCGACUCCCGAAAGCUCGAUUACUAUUUGGAAUAAUUCAAAACGUACAAUCCAAGGAAGGAACGAUUGUUACUCCUUACAAAGUUGUUCCUAAUGAAGAUUUGGAAGAUCUUUGUCAUCGUCUUGUGAUUGAUUGA